GUAACUCGUCGGCCGCGUGAACCGACAAAGCGGCGGCGGCGGCGGCGGCGGCGGCGGCGGCGGCAAAGACGGCGACGCGCCGAGGACGACGCGCGGGCGGGCGCGCGCGCGCGACUCUCGCGCUCUCGGUUCAAAUAGUUGGGCGCCGCGCGACUCCGCACCGAGUGCCGGGUGGUUGUCGCAGGUGUGACGAGCGUGGCAGAGACGGCGGAGACACAACCUUGCCUUGGCAUGUCCGCGGGAUACGUCCGCAUCCUCUUCGCUCCUGUACCGUCCCGGCGAAGAUGUCGUCGUCAGUGAUACUGAGUUUGUGCAUAAUAUGGAGCCAAUUCCCCGGCUACAUCUCGUACACCGAGGAGGUCGUGCAUUACCGCACUUACCCGUACGGAUAUAGAAACUCGUACGUCACGCCGUCGAGAGGAUGGUCCUGGGGUAGCGGGCCGAACCGAUCGGACAGGCCGAUAUAUCGCAGGGACACGCAAGUGCGACCCUACGUGCAACUGGUCAAGGUCGAGCAAAAACAGAGCGACCCUUUGGUGACCAUCAGCGAGACCUUGGGCGCAUUGAACACUGUAGGCAACUACAUUGUCAACAUGACGCGGGGCGUCGAGAUCUCGGAUUAUCCGCCGAAGGAGUUGCCCUCGGCGUUGUACACCAUCUCUAAAAACAUCCUAGGUCGCAACGUAACGGACAGCAUAGCACCUUUGGUGCGCGUAGCGUUACCGCUGAGACAAACGGCCACGUCCACACAAGCGCCGAUUCAGCAGCAACAACAGCAACAGCAACAGCCCAGCUCGGUGGAGCUCGCAGACAGAGACAAGGAUUCCGCUUCGGUCGUAUGCACCACAGUCGAGGGUAGGCCUGGGAAGUGCCAGGAUCUCAGUAACUGCCCGUACCUGUUGCUCGACCUCACCAAGCUGAGGCAAUCGCUGUGCUUCAAGAGUCUCAUCUUGCCAGGGGUUUGCUGCCCCGCAGAUAAGACCGGCCCUCACCCCUCACCCCUUCCCGUCUACAUCGGCGGAGGCGCAUCGCCCGGAAGCGAGACAUUCGGAAGCGAAUAUCCUCCGCGCCCGCCAGUCCGACCCACGAAGGUCCCGACGCCACGGCCGAUUCCGUUGCACCCGGUGACGUCCACGACGAGAAGACCCACGCAGGUGGUACCGUCGCCGGAUUUCUUUGGCAACAGUACCAAUGGUUUCGAGGCGAUCAGCACAGUUGAUAACUACAUCCAAGACAACGAGGAAUGCGGCGUGACCAAUACCGGUAAGUUCCGGGUGGUCGGCGGCGACGCGGCUCUACCCGGACGUUGGCCCUGGAUGGCGGCGAUCUUCCUGUGGAAUGUCCGCCGGAGGGAGUUCUGGUGCGGCGGCACGCUGAUCGGGCCGCGCCACAUCCUCACCGCCGCCCAUUGCACGCACAAUACGGACCAGCGACUCUACGAGCUCCAUCAGAUCACCGCGCGCCUCGGCGACAUCGACUUGCAGAGGGACGACGAGCCGUCGUCGCCGGAGACCUACACCGUGAAGCAGAUCCAUGUGCACCCCAACUUCUCGCGGCCCGGUUUCUACAACGACAUCGCCGUGCUCGAGCUCAACAGGCCUGUGAGAAAGUCGCCCUACGUGAUACCGAUUUGCCUGCCGCAGGCGCGCUUCCGCGGAGAACUGUUUAUCGGCGCCAGGCCAACGGUGGUCGGCUGGGGCACCACUUAUUAUGGUGGGAAGGAGAGCACGAUUCAACGACAGACUGUCCUGCCGGUGUGGAGGAACGAGGACUGCAACACGGUUUACAAGCAGUCGAUCACCAACAACUUCUUGUGCGCCGGCUACACUCAAGGCGGCAAGGACGCCUGCCAAGGUGACUCCGGCGGGCCGUUGAUGCUGAGAAUCGAAGGUCGAUGGACGCAGAUCGGCAUCGUCUCGUUCGGUAACAAGUGCGGCGAGCCCGGCUAUCCCGGCGUGUACACGCGCGUUUCAGAAUUCGUAGAGUGGCUCAGGAAUAAGAUCAAGUGACGGGCGACGGAGACGUAUGGUGGUACGUUCGCCCGCGGCUUCUUGAGAAGCGACGAACUCAUACACGUACGCAGACAGAUUGAUUACACACUCUGUGAAUAAAAGAAAGCGACUCCGAAGUCGAUGGACCUGUGGCGUGGAUGAAGAGGAGCCAACGUCCGCUCCAUUGGUUUUGAAAUCAGGUUCUUCUCUUGGAGAUGAAGAAAGCAAGCAAGGCUCGCUUGAUUAGCGAUUGAUCGGACAACGAUCUUAUUUAAUUGACCCUCCUCAAGAUUUGUCAACCUUCCGAAGUCUAAAGCUUCCUUCUUUCUUCAUGAGCGAAGAAUAUAUUUUUUAUUCAAUAUAUAAUCUAAACGUUAAUCGAAAUAUUGGUCGGAUGAAUUAAAAUUUUUGAAAAGAUGUCUGUAAGUUAGUAUAUAUUAAUUUCGUAAAUAUAUAUAUAUAUAUAUAUAGUAAUAAUUGAAUAUAAUUAUAAAUGAACUCUAUGAUAUCGGUUUAAGUAAAUAUAAAUAUAAGUUCUAAGAGAGACUUUUAUAUCACACUGGAGGCUGAAGAGAGACGAGCAUUUCUCCUCCAACGCGCUUUUUCCUCCAACAUACAGUUACAAUUCCCGCAAAAGAUAAGCAAAAAUUAAAGUCCAUCGAGACCCAUUUAUUCCGGUAAAAUCGAAUCGAAAAGCCGAUCGUCGCGCGAAGUAAAGGAAUGACCUCAUUGACCCGCAUCAAUUAUGUCACAUGCCAACACGCUUCGAUAUAUGCUGAUUUGUAUAACGUAUGUGCCUUCUUUUACAAUUUCAUACAUAUUUCUUAUAUAAUUAUCUCUCUUAAGUAACAUCGUCAACGCAAAUGCGCUCAGUCGCAAUAGCUGUAGAACAAACUAGAACGAGCGCUGCCAUUGUUCAAUGAUCUUGAGCCGAGGAAGAUAAUAUUUAAAUAAUCUCAUCUAUCUUCCAUGUGUUUCCCAAACAAAAAUAGGACUAUAUAGGGUGUUUGAAAAAAAGGGUUCAGGACUUUAAGGGCGGAUAGUACUCACAGAAUGAUGGAAAAGCCCUAAUAAACGUGAAUAAAAAAAUUAAUAUUAAAAUUAAUUAAUCGAAAUAUUAAUAUUAAUAUAUACAUAUAAUAUUAAUAUUAAAAAUUAAAAUUAAUAUUCGAAGUCAAAUUCGAAUAUUCGAAGACAAAUGUUAACUGGCGAUGGAAAAUGGAUUGUUUACAAUGUGGAUCGAAAAAGAUCGUGGAGCAAACAUAAUGAGCCACAAACUUCUAAAGCAGACAUUCACCAAAGGAAGCUUUUGCUUUCUGUUUGGUGGAAUUACAAGGGUAUUGUGUUUUUUUGAACUGCUUAAACAUAAUCAAACGAUUGAUUCGAAAUUUUACUGUUGUCAAUUGGACAAAUUACACAAAGCAAUCAAGCAGAAACGCCCAGAAUUGAUGAAUCAUAAAGGUAUCAUCUUUCACCAUGACAACGCCAGACCACAUACAUCGUUAGUCACCCGUCAGAAGUUGUUGCAACUUGGGUCGGGUGUGUUAUCACACCCACCAUAUUCGCCUGACCUUGCAUCAUUAAGUUACCAUUUAUUUCGUUCCUUGCAAAAUUCCUUGAAGGAAAAAAAUUCGGUUCUGAUGAGGCUCAAACGGCACUUACAUCAGUUUCUCGCCGAUAAGGAUCAGGAGUUUUAUGAGGCCGGAAUCAUGAAGCUACCAAACAGAUGGCAAAAGGUCAUUGAAUUAAACGGACAAUAUAUUACAGAAUAAAGUUUUUGCUUUGUGUGGAAAAGUCGCUUUUCAUUUACAUAGAAAAAAAACGACAUGACUUUCUUGCCAGCCUGAUAAUUUGUCUGUUAUUUAUCGGUGAGGAGAGUACCAUGCUUUAACCCUUUCAAGCUGAUUGGUACAUACAUGUACCACCAAAUGUCUCAGAAAGACUGUCCUUGUGAAUUUUUGUUGAAUGUUUUUAGUAUUAAAAUGUACUACCUCGUACAUUAAUGAUAUCUUCGUUCGUAAUUUAGUUUAUAACCUUAUAAAAAAUUGAUUAAUGCUCACUUCUGUACAUAAAUAUUUCAAUAAAACAAUCAGAAUUCAAAAACAAAAGAAUCGUCUUGAGAGGGUUAAAGAAAUCUCCCUAAAAAAAAGUUUCUUCACUCUAUCAAUCGCUAGUCGCAUAUCCUCAUGAAUAGUGAAGAACAAUCGCCGAGAGCUAUCACAAAGUUUUCACAGUACAGUAAGAACGACAUCGUAUUACUCGGAUCAAGAAAUGGCAGAAGUGCAUUUCACAUUACAUGGCCGUGCGCCAGAAGCGAGUCGCUUGCUUUAAAAUAAACAAUUAAAAUAAACAAUUGUUCACAACUCCGACGAUAUUACAACUCUUCGACCCAUGUUUGUUAGGAUUUUCUUUUUCUCCACAUUAUCUGCCUUAAAGUCCUGAAUUUUUUUUAGACACCCUAUAUGUGAGAUUAUAGCAUGUUAGUGAGAUAAAUAGGUCAAUGCUAAGUCUUUGUCCUAGAGGCCGGCUCGGUUUCUACCAUGCCAGUGCUUGUUCCAGUUUGCUGAAUGCGGUGUCUUGUAUAGGGUUGCCAGAUACAAAAUGACUAUUUCCGGGACAUUUUUUAAGUUGGAAAAUAGGUUGUUAGAGAAUUUUAGUUAAAUUUGACAGAUGGAAGGGUAAAACGGUUAAGAGUAUGUCGUUGCUUACUUGCAAUGAAUAAAUGUGUGAAUUAGAUAUCAGCAGAGAGAAGUUUAGAUAUAAAUAAUACGAUUGACCCUUUUUUCUUUUUAUACGAAUGGUUUCUCAGGUUGCACGUCAAAUUUUUCGACCUUAUAAAUCCCAAUGAUUGCUCUCACAUUUCUUUCUAGUAGUCCAGUUAAAAACAUGAAUAUUAUGAUUAUAAUUUUCUUGAAAUUCUGAUUUUCCAGAACACGGGAUAAACCUCAACAAAUUCCGAGAUAAUCCCGGAAUCAACGCCACCUUAGUAGCACAUAUUGUUGGACCAAUAUUGGCUACAAAUUGGGCUCCCAAUAUUGGCCAAUGUAACCCCAAUAUAAGUCAAUAUUGGUGUAACAAUGCUAAGCAAUAUUGGCGAUAUAUUGUAAUUUAAUA